AUGCCAGCCAAAACAUCUGCAAUCGAGUUUCUUGAAGACGAAGAUCCAAAUGCCUUGAUCAACUAUAACGAUGCCAUUUCCUACUGGCUGUCGGUGCCGGCAUCCGUCAAUGGUGUCUUGGGUGGUUUUGGAGAACAAACACCAGUUCCAAAGGCUGACAUCAUGGGCUCGGCCACUUUCUUACGAAAGCUCCAAACAAGAAUGGAAUUUCCCGCUGGAGAAAAACUCACGAUAGAUAUGGGUGCCGGUAUCGGCAGAAUCACCCGAGACUUCUUGUGGAAAAUCAGUGACAGAUGUGACUUGUUGGAGCCCGUGGCUCCUUUCGUCGCACAAAUGGAGGCUGAGCUCGCUCAAGUGGCCAAAGCCGGAAAAUUGGGUGACAUUUAUCCAAUUGGAAUGCAAGAGUGGGCCUGUGAUCCGGCCAAAGUAGGAAAGUACUGGUUGGUGUGGUGUCAAUGGUGUGUGGGCCAAUUGCCAGAUGACGAGUUGGUCAAUUUCUGGGUUAGAUGUAAAGAAGCUCUUGCGCCCAACGGAACUCUUCUAGUGAAAGAGAACAUUGCCCCAGUACAAGACAUAUAUGACGGCACAGACCUGAGUGUGACAAGAACCGAUGCCAAAUUCAGAGAGCUCUUCGAAAGAGCCGGUUACAAGCUCAUUGCUAGUGAUGUUCAGAAGGGUAUGCCCAAGGAAUUAUACCCUGUGAGAAUGUAUUGUCUCAAGCCACUCUAG